CACGUCUUCACUCGUUGACAAGCAAUGGAGAGGUAGAGAGGUGCGACGCGGCGCCUGAGCAAUUUAAGUAAAAACAAGGACUUUUAAAAACUAUCCACGCCUAAAAACGCGUGCUAGCAACUUAUCAAGAAACUACCAACAUGCUUUAAUUGAUCUUCGUCGAGUUACUAUUUUUUCAUCUACUAAUUACGCACGCGUCAAUUCCCAGCGUAGCCGGACUUUUUUUUUUUUUUUUUUUUUUUGAGAAGUCACCGUCCGGAGAGGCAAGCAAGCAGGCAGCACACUUUUGGGACUCGCGUGACCUUAUGUGGAUUUUACACCAAAAAACAUGGAGAGGUUACCCGGUUUCUCCUCGGGAACGUCGCUAGUCUUCGUCCUGACUUUCGUUCACCUCUCCCAGGCUCUUCAGUGUGUAGAUGACAAAGCGCCAUGUGUUAACAACGCCACCUGUCAGACAUUUAGCAACGGCACCGGACACUGCAGAUGCGCGCCAGGCUUCCUGGGCGAAUACUGUCACCACAAGGACCCCUGUCAUCCCGGCUUCUGCUUGAACGGCGGGAACUGCUCCGUGAGCUUGCUCGCCGGUGUCCCCGUCCCGGGCAGCGCCACCUGCGUCUGUCCUCUGGGCUUCAUCGGAGAGUACUGCCACAUUCCCCAGAACUCCACGUGCUACCCCGACAACCCGUGCGCCAACAAAGGAACAUGCACUUUGCUGUCCCUCGACAAAUACACUUGCAAGUGCGCCCGGGGUUGGGCAGGACAGCGAUGUGAGCACGAGGACAGCUGCCUGUCAAGCCCGUGUGCCAAUGGCGGAUCAUGCCGCGCUUUGCCCGGCGGUAAACACAUCUGCUACUGCCCACCCGGCUACACGGGUCCCCGCUGCCUCAACGACACCGACGAAUGCGUGGCCUCCCCCACAAAAUGUCAGAACGAAGGCACGUGUAUCAACACCCCCGGCUCCUACAAAUGUAUUUGCGGCGCCGGGUUCACGGGUCGACACUGCGAGAGCUCCUACGUCCCUUGCUCUCCUUCGCCGUGUCUAAACGGAGGAACUUGCCAUCAGAAUUCUGAAACCAGCUACUCGUGCCACUGUCUUCCGGGCUUCAACGGGACCAACUGCGAGAACAACAUUGACGACUGCCCCGGUCAUCAGUGCGAAAAUGGCGGCACGUGUAUGGACGGAGUCAACACCUACAACUGUCAGUGCCCUCCGGAGUGGACGGGUCAGCACUGCACCGAGGAUGUGGACGAAUGUCGUCUCCAGCCCAACACGUGCCAGAACGGCGGUACCUGCAACAACCUAGCCGGGAGCUACGUUUGCGUGUGCGUCAACGGCUGGAGCGGACCCGACUGUUCGGAAAACAUCGACGACUGCGCCACCGCCGCCUGCACGCAAGGCUCCACGUGCAUCGAUCGCGUCGCUUCUUUCAUCUGCCUCUGCCCCCAUGGAAAGACGGGUUUACUUUGCCACAUUGACGACGCCUGCAUAAGCAACCCUUGCAGGGAGGGCUCCCAAUGUGACACCAACCCCAUCACCGGCAUGUUCCACUGCAACUGUCCGGCCGGUUACGUCGGCAGCACCUGCACCAACGAUAGAGACGAGUGCAGCAUCGGAAGCAACCCUUGCGAGCACGGAGGCCAGUGCGUCAACACGGAUGGCUCCUUCAUGUGCAACUGCGUGAGAGGUUACGCCGGACCACGUUGCGAACAGGAUGUCAACGAGUGCGCGUCCAACCCUUGCCAGAACGACGGCACUUGCUUGGAUCGCAUCGGCGACUACACUUGCAUCUGCAUGCACGGAUUUGAGGGCACUCACUGUGAAAUCGAGGUGAAUGAGUGUCUGAGUUCCCCGUGUCUGAAUCAGGGAAAAUGCCUGGACCAGGUCAGCCGCUUUGUCUGCGAGUGCCCGGCAGGCUUCAGUGGCGAAACGUGCCAGAUAGACAUCGACGAAUGCUCGAGUACACCGUGUUUAAAUGGAGCCAAGUGCAUCGACCGACCUAACAGCUACGACUGCGAAUGCGCUGAAGGCUUCACGGGGCUUCUUUGCGAAGACAACAUCAACGACUGCCAGCCGGACCCGUGCUACCACGGCGUGUGUAAGGAUGGGAUCGCCACCUUCUCCUGCGAGUGCAUCCAGGGAUACGUCGGCUCCAUUUGCAACAUCCAAGUGCAGGAGUGUCACAGCAACCCUUGUCAGAAUCGAGGACGCUGCAUCGACCUGGUCAACGGCUACCAGUGUAACUGCCCACCUGGGACUUCGGGUGUGAACUGUGAAAUCAAUGAAGAUGACUGUGACAGCAACCCCUGCGAGCAUGGAGCGUGCCAAGAUGGCAUUAAUGAGUACAAGUGUGUGUGCUCCCCAGGAUACACAGGACUCAGAUGUGACGUGGACAUCAACGAGUGCGCCUCCAACCCGUGUAGGAGCGGCGGGACCUGCAGGGACAAGGUGAACGGCUUCCACUGCCUGUGCCCGCCCAGCACCCACGGACCCCUGUGCCUCUCGGGGAUCGACCACUGUGAGCACCAGCCUUGCGAGCACGGCCAAUGUAUCGAGCAGCAACACGGGUACAAUUGUGAGUGCGAACCCGGCUGGGAAGGGCAACACUGCGAGCAGGAGAAAGACGAGUGCCAGCCCAAUCCGUGCCAAAAUGACGGCUCGUGCGUGGACCGACAUAACGGCUACACUUGCGUGUGCCAGCUUGGAUUCAGAGGUGUGAACUGCGAGAAGAACAUCGACGAGUGCGCGUCCAAUCCUUGUCUCAACCAGGGCUUCUGCAUCGACAGGGUCAACGGUUACACUUGCCAGUGCAGUCCGCCGUUCACAGGUAAAAACUGUAAGGACGAGCUUGCCCCUUGCGCUUCACAUCCGUGCGAAAGGGGAGGAGUCUGCCGACCCACGGCGGACUACAGCUCCUACACCUGCCGAUGCCCUGCCGGAUGGCAAGGGCCGCGCUGCACGGAGGAUGUCAACGAGUGCAAAAAGAAUCCUUGCAGGAACGGCGGCCGUUGUGUCAACAGCCCGGGCAGCUACAUGUGUAAAUGUCAACCCGGCUACAGCGGACACAAUUGUCAGACGGAUGUCGACGACUGCUCGCCCAACCCGUGUUUGAACGGAGGUUCCUGCGUGGACGACGUGGGCGGUUUUGCCUGCGAGUGCCGACAGGGUUUCGCAGGCGGUCGCUGCGAGACCGAGAUCGACGAGUGCGCCAGCCAACCUUGCUGGAACGGCGCCAACUGCCGAGAUUACGUCAACAGUUUCGUGUGCGAGUGUCGGGCGGGUUUUGAUGGAUUCCUGUGUGAGCGCAACAUCCAAGAAUGCACCGAAAGCUCUUGCCUGAAUAACGGCACAUGCAUCGAUGACAUCAACACCUUUUCGUGCCGCUGCCGACCCGGCUUCUACGGCACCUUUUGCGAGUAUGAGCAGAACGAAUGCGACUCCCAGCCUUGUAAGAACGGCGGAACCUGCACCGACGGCCUGGGCACCUACAGAUGCACUUGUCCUGUCGGCUACAAUGGACAAAACUGCCAGAACUUUGUCAACUUGUGUAGCCAAGUGCGCUGUCACAACGGCGGCUCCUGCUCUCAGACCGCCACCUCCUGGACUUGUCAUUGUCAAAUGGGCUGGACUGGACUUUACUGCGAUGUGCCCAAUAUGUCCUGCCAGGACUUUGCUGCGCGAAAUGGUCUGGAAGUGGAGAAUGUUUGCAAAAACGCAGGGCGAUGCGUAAACGUGGCUAAUUCCCACCAGUGUCAGUGCCAGCCAGGAUACACGGGCAGCUACUGUAAAGAUAUGGUGGAUGAAUGCCAGUCCAAUCCUUGCCGCAACGGAGCUACUUGCAUGGACUAUCAGGGCACAUAUGAAUGUGUCUGUAAGCCGGGCUACCAAGGGGUGAACUGCCAGUACGACGUGGACGAAUGCAACUCGAGGCCGUGUCUCCACGGGGGAACGUGCAUCAACCUCAUCAACCGCUUCACCUGCGCUUGCCCGCCAGGAACACAAGGUCUCCAGUGCGAGAUGAACGUGGACGACUGCGCGCCCAAGCCCGGCUCGUGGGAGCCGCGCUGUCGUAACGGCGGUCAGUGCGUGGACGGGAUUGGACGAUAUACGUGUACCUGCCCGCCGGGCUUUGUCGGAGAACACUGUGAGGGUGAUCUCAAUGAAUGCCUGUCCGGACCUUGCCACGCCGCCGGCAGCCUGGACUGCGUGCAGCUCGUCAAUGACUAUCUGUGCCGCUGCCGCCUUGGAUACACCGGUCGCCAUUGUGAGUCCAUGGUGGAUUUGUGUCUGUCCAAGCCGUGCCACAACAGCGGCGUCUGCUCCAUGAACAUGAGCUCAGUUCACGGCUACACCUGCUCCUGUCCACCUGGCUUUGCUGGAUUCAACUGUGGCGACCUGGAAGGCUACAGCUGCGCCAAGCUCCACUGCCAAAAUGGUGGCAACUGCGUGGAGUCACCAGUGGGCCAGCUCUACUGCCAGUGCCAACCUGGCUUCAGCGGCCCGCACUGCGAGAGCAAGCAGACGUGCCCGACGCCUUGCCAAAAUGGCGGAACGUGCAUCAGCGACCCUUCCAACCCGUACCUGUACAGCUGCCGCUGCCCGACGCAUUUCUCCGGGCGCUACUGCGAGAACCAAGUGUCGGUUCCGCGCAGCCCUUCCUGCCCGUAUCUCCAGUGCGAGCACCAGUCGGGCGAUAAAGUGUGCGACACGCAGUGCAACAACCACGAGUGUCAGUGGGACGGAGGCGACUGCUCGCUCAACUGGAAGCAGCCUUGGGUCAACUGCACCGCCAGUGUUCCUUGCUGGGACUAUUUUAAAAACGGACGUUGCGACAAGGAGUGCGACAACCCCGGCUGCCUCUUCGAUAGCUUCGAGUGCCAGGAACAUGCGCCCGGCGCCUGCAAGUAUGACAGAUACUGUCCGGACCACUACGGUAACCUGGUGUGUGACUGGAGCUGCAACACGGAGGCCUGCGGCUGGGACGGCCUGGACUGCGCCAAAGACACUCCGGCCAAAGUGAUCGAGGGUACCCUGGUCAUCGUGGUCCGGCUUCAGCCUAAGGAGCUGAUUGAGGACAUGCGUGGCUUCUUGCGCUCCUUGGGAGCACUGCUACACACCAACCCGAAGGUGAAGCUGGAUGAGAACAAGGAGCCCAUGGUGUACCCGUACUACGGGCCAGAGGAAGGCCACGGGCGUCUCUUUCAAAAGGGCAGAAGCAAGCGUGAGAUGGAGAGAGAAGUUAUCGGUUCUGUGGUCCACCUGCAAAUCGAUAACCGGGAAUGCGCUCAGAAGUCCGAAGACUGUUUCUCAAACACCAACGAAGCCGCUUCCUUCAUCGCAGCGGCGCACAUCAAGGCCGACCUGCCUUAUCCUCUCGUGUCUGUUAACAGCGACCUGACGGUUCAAAAGAUGCCCACGUUCCCCAUGUACGUGAUCGGCGUGGCGGUCGUCGUCAUUCUGCUCAUUGUGGUGUUGGGCAUGCUGGCGGCCAAGAGGAAAAAUAAACACGGGUUGCUGUGGCUACCCGAUGGCUUUUUGGCCAAUAAGAACGACAAGAGGAAAGAACCUGUCGGUCAAGAUGACUUUGACAUGAAAAAUUUCAAGAGCCCGGACGGAGCCAUGAUGGAUGGACGGCAGGGCCAGCGAUGGAUGGACGAUGAGGUUCCAGCCAAGAUCCCAAGAAAUGAAGACAAGCCCUUGCUCAUGUCUUCCGACGGAGGCGUCGACCGGAGGGAGUGGACCCUGCAACAUCGCAAGGCCGCUGAUGUCAUCCUGACUCCGCCGCAAGCCGAUGUAGAUACAAACUGUCUGGAUGUUAACGUCAAGGGACCUGAUGGCUUCACGCCGCUGAUGUUGGCUUCGCUCCGCAACGGCGGCGGCCCCGACUGUUCGUUCCCGGGCGAGGAGGAAGAGGAGAGCGGAGGCGACGAACCGAGUCCGAGCGUCAUAUCCGACCUGAUCGCGCAAGGUGCUUCGCUCAUGGCCCAGACGGACCGCACGGGAGAAACGGCGCUGCAUCUGGCCGCUCGUUACGCCAGGGCGGACGCCGCCAAGAGGCUGCUGGACGCCGGCGCUGAUCCCAACGCCCACGACAACAUGGGCAGAACUCCUCUGCACGCCGCCGUGGCGGCGGACGCGCAGGGCGUCUUCCAGAUUCUCAUUCGCAAUCGUGCCACGGAUCUGGACUCCCGAAUGAAUGACGGCACCACUCCUCUAGUCCUGGCGGCCAGGUUGGCCGUGGAAGGCAUGGUGGAAGAACUGAUCCACUGCCACGCUGACAUCAACGCUGUUGAUGAUCAUGGCAAGUCGGCUCUUCACUGGGCUGCAGCAGUGAACAACGUGGAGGCCACGCUUGUGCUCUUGAAGAACGGAGCCAACCGCGACAUGCAGGACAAUAAGGAGGAGACCCCUCUGUUCCUGGCCGCCAGAGAAGGCAGCUUCGAAGCCGCUCAAGUGCUCCUCGACCACUACUCAAAUCGCGACAUCACCGACCAUCUCGACCGUCUCCCCAGAGACACGGCUCAAGAACGGAUGCACCACGACAUAGUGCGCCUGCUGGACCAGUACAAUUUGGUUCACAGCCCCCACAAUGGGCCCAAUCACAUCGGCGGAAACUCUUCAGUCAUGUGCGGGGCGAACGGAGCCGCCUUCAUCGGCAUGCGUCCCGGCCCGCAGGGAAAAAAGAGCCGGAGGGGCGGCGGCAAGAUGGGGGGUGUAGGAGGGGGGACCAAGGAGCCCAAAGACAUGAAGGCCAAGCGAAGAAAGAAGCCCACCGGAGGGGAGGGUCCGGGUGCUGGCGGCGGUGGCGUCAACGGCGUGAAGGCAGCUGGAGGACUUCCCGAAAGUUCCGUCACCAUGUCGCCCGUCGACUCCCUGGAGUCGCCGCACUCGUACACGGGCGACGCAUCCGGCGCGGCCACCACCACCGCCAACUCGCCGCCCCUCAUGAGCAGCCCCGGAACCAGGCCCAUGCUGCCCCCCGUCAGCCACAUGCUGGGCCAGCAGCAGCAGCAGCAGCAAGCCUGGGUGGGCAUGAGCAAGCACGGCUACAGCGGCCACAUGUUCGGCCUGCUGCCGCACCCCAUGGGGGGAACCCACCGCGGUAUGCCGCAGCACCACGGCCACGGGGGCCCCAUGCUGACCCCCAUGAAUGUCACCAUGAGUCGGGAGCAGCUGCCCCCCAUCGUCACCUUCCAAAUGAUGCCGCCCGGCGGAGGCCAAGGCAUGAUGAAGCAGCCUCAGCAGGCCCACGUGCAGGUGACCCAAGCCCAGCCGCAGAACCCUCAACCGGGACCCGGCCACCUCCGCUGUAGCCAGGGCUUGGUGUACCAGAUGCCCGAGCAGAUGAGCAUGGGGCUCCCCCACCCCAUGCAGCACGCCGUCGGCCACGGAGGGCCGCUGCCUUCCUAUCCACCCAUGCAGAGCCCGGUGGAUAAGUACCCCACCCCGCCCUCCCAGCACAGCUUCACCCCCGCCAGCUCCGAGGGCACCACCCCCGGCCCCAGGCAUCCUCCCAGCGAGCACCCCUAUCUCACGCCCUCGCCCGAAUCCCCGGACCCUUGGUCGUCGUCUUCGCCGCACUCCAACUCGGACUGGUCUGACGUCACCACCAGCCCCACCCCGCUGGCCAACGGCCACCACGCCUUGCCCUCAGCCCGCCACACGCACAUUCCAGAGCAGGCGCAGCUGCAGCCGCAGGCGCAGCCGCCGGCGCAGCAACAGGCGUCCCAGCAGUCGUCGGCUUUGGGGAGCCAGCAAGUGUUCGCGUAGGCUGGCCGGCGGGCGGCCAAGCAGCCAAAGAAUGACUCUUGGGGGUUCUACGCGCUUCCGCGUAGUAACUUUCUUUGUUCCCAUUAUAUGUAUGUUAUAGCCUUCUCUCUUUGCACUUAAGAAAACUUAUGUAUAGUUUCUAAAAUGUCCCGAGCUAGAAAUCAAAUACAGUGGUGCCUUGACUAAGUGUUUUUUUUUUUCUGUUACAAGCAAACUUGUGAUCAUUACACCCAAAUUCAAAAUGAGACCACACAGAGGUCCUGGAACUAAUGAACUUGUAUGGAACAGUAUCUUUGUACAGUACACCCCCCAAAAAAAAAAUAAUGUUGUGACAUUGUCUCCAUGUGUACCAAACAACCUCACGUAAAAUUCGGUUGGCAAGCAACCAUGGACUUUUUAUUUGUAUUUUUUUUUUACGAUCACAUGGUCAUGGAGAUGGGGAGCGGGGAUGUUCUGCAUUGAUCCUUUGUGCCUCUUCUAUUUAUGCGUGUUCAUGUUGAAACCACUCCCCUUUGGCCAAGCGUACGGGACUGGAUUGCCUGUUUGUUAUUCGUGACACCAUCGCAAGCUUUUACUUGUGGGCAGUUACAAAAAAGGAAAAUCAUCGUUGGAAAGCUCCAUUUUUUUUUCUGGUGUUGAAAUAUACACGGACGCACAGCACAUUCUGCUUGUAAAGUCUGAGAUUUUACUUGGCAACGUUUUUUUUUUUAACGGCUUUUUUUAUAUGAAUACGGUGCGCACUUGAUUGUAAAUGAUUUUUUUUUAACUGCCUCUUUUUCCAUGUUUUCUUUCAAAACUAUGUAACCUUCCUCUUUUUUUUUUGCUUAGUUACAAUCAUUGUGUCUGUUUUAUGUCGUGAUGCAUAAGUCACGUCUCGAGGUCAAUCAAAGUAUUUUGUCUUCGAAGUUCUUCUCUGGAAAGCCGUUUGAGCGUUUAUUCCACAUUCUUGGUAAUCUCAGAAGGUACUUAUACGCUUUUCUCACUAAUAAGAAUUAGCGUAGGAGUAAAAUGACUACUAGGAAUGUUUUUGUUUUUUUUCCACUGCAAGUACCACUUUUGGAUUUAUUCGUCAUUUUUGCUGGUGUGCUGAAUUGUCUUAUUAGUGAAGGCAAAAGUAUAAUAGGUUACGGAACUUGAGGUCAAGGAUAUGGAAUAAAUGUUCUCACGGCUUUCCGUACCCACUUGCAGUCGUGCGUCCUAUACAAAGGUCGCAAUUGCGAUUUGCAAUUGGCAAUAUUCUCAACCAAGUCGUGGUUUAAAUUUCCACAAGAGACAUUUGAUAUUUCUGCAUAUAUAGCAGGUAAAAGCUAUGUUUAUAAAGUCUGUGUAUAUAGAUGUUUCUUUUCAUUGACCAGAUGUAGUUGUGGCCAAGUUUGGUAAACUAGAACAAAAAGAUCAGCCAACUUUCCUAAUUAAAGCCCGGAUUAUCAGCGU